UUCAUAGUCUGUCCUUACUUGUAACAGCAGACAUGAAGCUGUUUAUCUUCCUUUCAAUCGUAGCUUACUGCUAUGGAGAUAAAUUGGACAGGACGUACCUUCCACCUCCUAAUGCUGGCACAGCUGGAGGUAGCCCUGGUGCCCUAACUGCUCCUGGUCCAUCAUCUCAAGGCUCUUUCGGUCAACAGGCCUUUGGACAGCAGCCGUUCGGACAAAUUCAAGCAUCUGGACCUUCCGGACAACAGAUUUCUGCUAACAUCGGUUCCGAAGCUCCAUCUGGUCCUAGCCAACCUAGCGCAGUGUACGGACCUGCUUCUGGUAGAGGACCUACAAGCAAUGGACUAGCUCAAUCUGUAAUUGACUCAGAAGGAUUUGUUCCUAACAGACCUUCCUACAAUCAAGCUGCUUUUGGCGGUAAUGCUGGACCUCAACAAAACGCUGUAUCUGGACCUUCCAAUGCCUAUAUUGCGCCAUCGAAUACAUUUGGUCAGUCACCCUCUAAUAAUGCUUACAAUCAACAACAAGCAUCAACAGGCUUUCCUAAACAGGGAGCAGGAUUUUCUCAAGGACAAGGCUCUACGAACUUUGCCCCCGAACGUGCUCAAGCAUCCGCUGAUAGAAACGCUGAAAUCUUGAAGUACACUAAUGAAAAUGACGGUGAAAGAUUCGAAUACAGCUUUGAAACCUCUAACGGAAUAUCUGCUGAAGAAUCAGGUGUAGCUACUGAUGGUGUGAAAGCUCAAGGUGGUUUCUCUUACACUGGUGAUGAUGGCAAAGCCUACACAGUGACAUACACCGCUGAUGAAAAUGGUUAUCAACCACAGGGAGAACAUUUACCAACACCGCACCCGAUUCCCGAAGAAAUAUUAAAAUCUAUUGAGAUUAAUGCUCAGGCUGCCGCAGCUGGCACACAAGAAGGUGCUUACCGACCCGAAGAGUAUGAAAAUGAAGAUAAUUCUCAAGGUUAUUCUUCCGGCCCGGUCAACAGACCUCAGUUACAAAGCCAGGGUCAAGGUCCCAGUCAGCAAUACGGCACCCCUUCAUCGAACGGAAGACCAACAAGCGGCUCAUUCGGUUUCCAACCACAGAACAAUCAGCAAUCCGGAUCACAAGGCCAAGGUUUCGGACAAAAUGUUCCAUCUGGUCAAUCUGGACAAAAUAACAAACCAAGCUUAAGCGACGCUUUAAAUCAAGCAUUAAAUCCACAAUCAAACGCUGGUUCAAAUGGAAUACAAAACCAGGGACAAAGCAAUGCUGCUCAAAAUAGUGCUUCUUACAAUAAUGGACCACGUGGUCAAAAUGGACUGGGUGCUUCUGGUUAUGAAUACAAUCGUCCCCAGAACAACCAAUAUAGCUCAGGCUCUAAUGGUCAAGGUCCCACCGGCUCAUCUCGCCCUCAAUUUAAUAAUCAGCCUUCUACAUCCGGUAGCGGCUUCCCAGGAACAAAUGGUCGCCCAACUGGUUCAAUUUCCAACGGAUUUUCCGGCCCUUCAGGACAGAAUUCGCAAUACCAAUCAGGAUCUUCCGCUCCUAAUCGAGGAUCGCCAUUUUUUGGAUCUACUGGCCCUUCAAGCGCAAUUUCCGGACAAAGCAAUCAAUAUCAAUCUGGUUCCAAUCAAGGGCAAAACCAACAAGGUUUAAACCAAGGUUAUAACUAUCAAGCUCCUACUGGAUCUUCAGGACAGGCUCGUCCCAGUUCAAGUCAGACACAAAACCGGCCAGUGUCUGGUAACCAAGGUCAAUACCAGCCAGGUUCGGGCAACGGCUCUUAUCGCCCUUCAAACCAGCAAUAUCAAAAAGCACCUGUGAAUCAAUACCAACCCGCUUCCAACCAACAAAACCAAGGAUCAAACGCGCAAUAUCAACAGAACAGACCAAACGGAUUCAACGGACAGGGCUCGCAAAACCAGCCUGGCAGCCAAGGCAGCAACCAAUUCUCUGGAGCUAACCAGCAAUACAAACCUGGACAAAACCAAGCUACCAGCUCUGGCAAGGAAGCAAUUCAAGCUCCAUACCAAUACAACCGACCAGCGCAAGGCCUGAACUCUAACCAAGGUCAAGGAUCUCAAUCUGGCUUCAACAGGCCAUCAGGUGGAGCUAAAACCCCUGAACAAUUCGGAGGACCUCGUCAACCACCCAGCUUCAACGAACAGGACGGAUAUAAGUAUUAGUAAAUAAAUGAUAUUAGAAUAAAUUUAGUUACUGGGCAUUAUUGUAAAAAGUAAAAAAAAAAUGUUAAGAUAUUUUGUACAUUGUGUAUAGAAUUGUGUUACAGAUCACUAUGUGAUCGAGUGAAUAAAUGAAUUUUAAAUGAA